GUCUGCAGCUGAAUUGAUUCCUUCCACUCCUUGACUUCCGACUUCCGGCACAUUCUUCCGUCUUCCAUUUUAGCCUAGCAACGGUCGAAACACCACUCAUCACAAUGUCUGAGGUUGAGGAAAGCUUGAAGAGAAUCCAGGGCCACAAAGGUGUUAUGGGCACCAUUGUCGUCAACAGUGAAGGCAUUCCCAUCAAGACGACACUGGACAACUCGACCACCGUCCAGUACGCCGGCCUCAUCCACAACCUGACCGCCAAGGCUCGCAGCACCGUCCGCGACAUUGACCCGGCCAAUGACCUCAAGUUUUUGAGGAUCCGGUCUCGUAAGAAUGAGAUCAUGUGUGCCCCUGAGAAAGAAUUUCUUCUCAUUGUGAUACAGCAAGAUGAACAAAGUUAGAUCGGAGUCUGUGAAUCUUCAGCCGGUACACUGCACAGCAUGCCAGCAAGACCAAACUGCUUCCAACAGCUUUUCUCAUUCUUUUUUUCACAUCUUCUAUCAACCGUUUGAGGGUUCUGGAUUAUGAGAAUUGUUUUUUAAUAAAUUGCAAACUGCUUCUCUGGAUUUGUUAGUGGUCUUUCCCCUCCUAAGUUUUUCUGUUCUUUACAAAACCUUAUAUUUUUGGGGGUUUGGGAAACUUCUCUCUAAAAUUAUGUUUAAGUUGGAUUGAAUACGACUGCUUCUUUUUUUUGUCUCUCGGCCAUUGUUUUCUAUGACAUGUCCUGACUCUGUGAAGUGAAGGAAAUCGACUUGUUCAGUUCAGUCGUCAGCGUGUCAUUAGAUUCUGGUUUGCUGCUUCUCUCCUCCCUCCUUUCAUCUACUGUACUCUCAGAAGCUUCUGGUGUGGAAUAUUUCGAGGUGCGUAAAUUCUAUUGCUCUUUUUAAAAAACUCAUUUUCUUCCCCUACUUAUGACAACAAAAGUUAAUUACAAUCUGAAGGAAAUGGGCCCAUUGUGUACUCUUUUUUUUCUAAGCUUUACGUUUCGCCCAGAUCUGCUUGGUUCACUCAUGUACAUGUAUUUAUAGUUCUUGUAUCAUAUAUAUAUUCAUCAUAGUCAUUCUCUGUCACGUUCAUCUUUCUUUGUAUUGUACAUUGUUCUUCCCCAUGUAGCUUCAUGUGGCUCGGCUAUUCCUUGUGACUUGACAACAGGUCCCAAGAAACAAAUACACCAAAUAUUUCAUACUUCUAUAACUUGUCAAGUGAAGUUUUUUUACAGUAUUAAUAUUUUUAUUAGAGCACUUUAAGUUGUCGUGGCAAGUGAACUAUUCUGACAUUCUGUGAGAAACUCCAGUUUGAUUUGUAAAACCUGCAGAUAAACAUGUCUUUGCUUUAUAAUUUAUAGUCUUUCAAUUGACCAGCAUUGGAAUGCGUGCCUUUUAACUCUCUUUCUCUCGCUCUCUCUCUGUAAUAUACAUAUAUGUUUUUGGCUCAUUUGUGAUUUCUAUCUCUAAGAUAUUUCUUUUUUUGAAGUAGAUGUGAAGAACAUCCUUAAUGAUUGUCAAAAACAAAGAGUCCAAAGUGAGGGUCAAACGACGUCGGUCCAAAGUGAGGGUCAAACGACGUCCGUCUUAUUGUUCUCUUCUCCCCUUGUGAUUUAUCAUCUUGAUUUAACAUUUGCUGAUUUCAUCCUCAAAUAAAAUGUUUCAUGCCACGCUUAA